AUGUUUCCCAACGCCCACCAUGCCCAGAUGCCCCCGCCUCAGGCGCGCUCUGUUGCCCCCGAGACCUUUCUCUUAGACCAGGACGCGCAACAAAGCCUGCCGCCAGACAGCGUCGUCGCCCUGCAGCAAGUCGACAACCUCAAGUACUUUCUCAUCUCAGCACCCGUCGACUGGCAGCCAGACCAGUACAUCCGCAGGUUCCUCCUGCCCACAGGCGAAUAUGUCUCUUGCGUGCUAUGGAACAACCUCUUUCACAUCUCCGGUACCGACAUUGUACGAUGCCUGUCCUUCAGAUUCCAGGCCUUUGGCCGCCCCGUCAAGAACUCCAAGAAGUUCGAAGAGGGCAUUUUCUCCGAUCUGCGCAACCUAAAGUCCGGCACCGACGCGUCGCUGGAAGAGCCUAAGAGCGCGUUCCUCGACUUCCUAUACAAGAACAACUGCAUCCGCACACAGAAGAAGCAGAAGGUUUUCUACUGGUACAGCGUACCGCACGACCGUCUCUUCCUCGACGCUCUGGAGCGCGACCUGAAGCGCGAGAAGAUGGGCCAGGAGGCGACCACCAUGGCCGUCAGCGAGCCUGCGCUUUCCUUCGAAUUCGAUUCCUCGCAGUCUCUCUUUGAGCAGCUUACCAAGGCGCAACAGGCCAACUCUUCCUCCUUCAACAACAACGUACAGCCGUCAUACGCGCACAACCCGUCGCCAGACAUGCUUUCAAGAGAGUCAAUGCCACCACCACAAAUGGUACCGGUUCCCCAGCAAAUGCCUCACCACCAGUCGCAACCUAUGCACCACCAGCCAGUUCACCACCAGCCAGUACAUCACCAGCCAGUGCAGCACGAGGACCCCAUGAUUCACUACCACCAGCAGAUGUCUAUGCCGCCAUCGAUGCCACCGACCAUGCAACCUACCGUUAUGAAGAGCAGAGAGCGCGAGUUCAGCACCUCCCUGCAGUACGAUCGCAACGGCAUCCCGCUCUCACAGGUGCACCAGCGUCACAGCUCGAUGCCCGCCUACAUGGAAUACUCGCCUGCACCUUCCUUUGUCUCUUCCCACUACGAGGACUACAGCACACGGGGCAUGUCUUUCGAGCCUCUUACCCCGCCGCAGCACCAAAUCGGUCUUGGUGCAGAGCCAGCAUACAUUGCCAACGAGGACACAGGACUGUACAGUGCCAUUCCUGAUCUUCCAGUGCCCAACACAUUCAACCCGUUGAUGAACAUACCUCCAUCGAACUUGAUGGGCCCUGGCUACCCAGUCUCCAGGCCAUUUGCGCCGGGCAACGUUUACUCUGUCAUUGAAGGUUCGCCAACCUACAAGCAGCGUAGAAGGCGAUCGUCUCUCUCUGCUGGCAUUACUGCUGCAGUGGCUGCCGCUGGCAAUGCCCACCAGGCUCACAGGCAAAGCGAUCUGAGACGGUCCAUGUCUGUGAACCCCGUUCCUGAGGCUGAUGAAUCAAACCACAACUCGCCCUCGCCCAACGGUGCAAGCUAUGUCCAGCAGGACGCCAAGCCGCUCGUUGACAUCUCGCGUCAGGGCACACCCCUCAACACCGUUGAAGAGAGCCCUGAGCCGCAGCCAGCGAUGCUGCACCACGACGACCUCAACAGCAUGGUCAACGGCGAACUGUUCGAGACACCACUCCGGCACAGCGCUGUUGCUCGCGCGGCAGGUGCACCCGUCUUCCGACGCGCGCGUAGUGCCACCAUGAUGGAGAUUGGUCCUUACCCCCAGAAGUCUCACUCAUGCCCCAUCCCGACAUGUGGCAGGCUCUUCAAGAGAUUAGAACACCUCAAAAGGCACGUGCGUACCCACACACAAGAACGGCCAUAUGUCUGCCCGCUGUGUAACAAGGCUUUCUCACGCUCAGACAACCUUGCCCAACAUCGUCGCACACACGAGCCCCGUCCUGACGGCGAGCCGCUUGAGGACUUCAACGAGGAAGAUCUCGAGGGCGAAGAGGAUCUCCACCUGGAGGAGGACUCGCCGACAUCUGGCAACGAGUACCUGAGUAGCGCGCACAGUGUGCCUGCGUCUUACGCCGACAUCCCUGGCCCUGGCCUUGGCAUGGGCGCCACCAUGGCCACACCUCAGCGACUCAUGGCCAGCCACUACUAG